UGGAACCGUGUGGUUUACGCUUUUGAUCCCGGAGGGACCUCCUCGCGCUCUCACAUUCCUGGCAUUCCGACCUCAGUCCGUCGGUUCUCAGUUACUUAUUAUCGCUCGGUGCUGGACAAGCUUUUCAGUGUUCAGCAAGUCCCCGGACAAAGUAGACCUAAAAUAAAUCGCCUUGGAAGGAUGAUAACUAUUUAAACGAAACAUUGUGGAUUACUUUUGAAUUCAUUUUAAAGUUUUACGUUAACGUUUUGCUGGGAUGAGAGCGUGAACUGGUUUUACGGCCAUCCAUAUACACAUCAUACACCUGAUCCGUAGCUUCCAUCAACAGAACAAAAGAACCAAAAUGGCAUCCACAGAAGAGCCGUUUGGCACAGUCCUGCACCGCCUCAUCCAAGAGCAACUCCGCUACGGCAACCCCACGGACGCCCGCACCCUCCUGGCCAUCCAACAGCAGGCCCUGCGUGGAGGCGGCAGCGGCUCUCCCAGCGGAGGGCCCGGGUGUGGAGCUGGGGGGGCCCCUGGCGGAAGCCCCCGCUCCUCCCUGGAGAGCCUCAACCUGGAGGAGUCGUCGCUUCCCCAGCUGUCUGCCCGCCAGGAGCCACAGGGCCAGGAGCACCAGGGAGACUACCAGCACUCUGAGAGCAGCUACCAGCUGUACCACCUCCACGGGGAGGAGCUGCCCACCUACGAACAGGCCAAGGCUCACUCACAGUACCUGGCCCAGCACUGUGCCCCGGGCCCCCACCCGCAGCUGCGCGAGGGGGUCUGUCGCACCCCCUCGGAGGAGGAGCUGAUCGAGUUGAAGCGAGGCCACGUGCGGUCGCUCAGUGAGCGCCUCCUGCAGUUGUCUCUGGAGAGGAACGGUGCCGCGGCGAUGUCCGAGGCGGUCAAGAGCUCCUCGCAUAGCUACCCGGAGCUGGGUUACUACGGUCCGCAAGGCCUGCCGGACAAGUGCAGCCCCUACCCGGAUUACCCAUCGGCUCCCACCGUGUCCCAGGGAUAUAUGCCCAUCCACCCUCAGGAGCCCCAAUGCAUCUACAGGGACAUGAACCAGCAGCUCAGGUACGCUGCCCCAGCCCAGCCGCCCACGGAGGCCUGCUAUGGUGUGUUCACCAGUCUGCCCCCUGGUGGCGCGGAGGACGACAGACAGAUGGAGCUGCUGCUGCUGGAGAACGAGAGGCUGCGGCGGGAGCUGGAGGGCCACCGAGAGAAGGCCAGCCGCGUCCACAAGCUGGAGCAGGAGAUCCAGAGGAUUUCGGAGGCGUAUGAGACCUUAAUGCUGGGCAGCAGUAAGAGGGAGAGCCUGGAGAAGACCCUGAGGAGCCGACUGGUGGCCGAGAUCAGGAGGCUGCAGGACUUCAACAGAGACCUCAGGGAAAGCUUGGAAAAUGCCAGAACACAUGCUGCCAAAGAGGUGGAAGCUGCUGACCACAACCAGCACAUCAUGAACAAACUCCUUGAGCAAAAUGAGGAGCAGCACUUUGAGCGCGAGCGCACCGAGCGGGAACUUCAGCGGCUCCGCAGCACCGCGGAGGAGCAGGGCCUGAGGGCGGAGCAGCUGGAGGAGGCCCUGGAGGCCCAGCGGAGCAGGGGCCGUGCACUGGAGGAGGAGCUGCGACGCAAGCGGGCCUACGUGGAGAAGGUGGAGCGGCUCCAGGGCGCCCUGGCCCAGCUCCAGGCCACCUGCGAGAAGCGCGAGUGCCUGGAGACACGGCUGCGGACGCGCCUGGAGCAGGAGCUGAGGAGCCUGAGGGCACUGCACAGGCAGGCUCGCCCGCCGGGCAUGACGGUGGGCUCGCUGCACGAGCGUUUGAGGGAGCGGGAGGAGCGCAUCCUGGCCCUGGAGGCAGACAUGGUGCGCUGGGAGCAGAAGUACCUGGAGGAGAGCACCAUGAGGCAGUUCGCCAUGGAUGUGGCGGCGACCGCCGCUGCUCAGAGAGACACGACCAUCAUCAACCAUUCCCCAUGUAACUCCUCCAACAACAGCUUCAAUGACGACCUGCCUGUUGCUGAUUACAGAAACCAGGAAAUGGAAAACCGGAUCCGGGCUCUCUACGGCCAAAUCCUGGAGAAGGAUGCCGUGAUUAAGGUCCUUCAGCAGCGUUUGCACCAGGACCAGGUGGACAAAGAUGGUUGUCUGCAAACUGAUGCACCGUCACCUGACGUUAGCACGGCCACGAGCACCAGCAUUAGCAGAAGUGACAAUCUGUCUGACGACCAGACUGCCCACGCUACACUUCUUCAGUGUUCCUCACCAGACUCUCUCAGCCCCAGUUGUGGAUCAGAGUCCAAGGUGCUAGCCUCUGGUCCUAUGCUCAGCAUUGACCCAGCUGCUUCGCAACAACUUCAGCCUUCGUCCUUGAGCACAUUGAGGGGCCUGGAUGAUCUGGAGGCAGAAGCAGUGGAAAUCUUCAUUUGAGGAAGAUUUUUUCAGUCUUUUAUAAGAGAUUCCCUUGAGGGGAGUGAACUCUCUAGAGCUGUGCAGAGUAACUGACUACUCAGUGGUCAUAGUUCCUCUGAGGAAAAACAAAGUGGUCAAGUAUGUUGCAGAAUGAGAGGAGGCUGUAUGGAAAGAAGACGUGCUUUCACCUUUAAAGGGGAGCUGUGCUCCAUCUCCAUCAUAGCUAGGUGGCUGCAGGCAAGUCAUCUGGGUCUAUGAGGCAAAAUGUGAAACCUUCAAGGUACUUGGGACAGUAUUUCAGUUUUGCCACUGGCAACACACCACUGUGCUGUCAGUGAAUGCCAAUUUAUUUAUAUUUGCUGCUCUUUAAGGUUUUUAAAACUGAUUUCUAAUGUACAAUGAUUCAUGGGGUUUAGUUGGUUCAUGUUAUUUUUUGGAUCAGACUUUCUCCACAUUCCCACAGUUCUAAAAAGCCUCAUGCUCUUCCAGAUUACUUCUAUCAACAAGAUUUUUGUAUGUUGACUUUUGACCGCCAUUCCCACCCUGUGCAAAAAGGUCAAUCUGGAUGGAUUUGUGCGUCAAGAAAUUCUUCAGAGCAAGUAAAAUCAAAAAACUGAAUCCAUAAUUUUAUAGAAACGUCAAAAGCUCUUAAUGUUUAUAUUUUCAUUGGCCAAAUUCUCUAUGCCCCAGUAGCUGGUUCUACAGGUUUAGAAGUAAAGGUUGAGUUUGCCAACUAUAGAUUGUUUUUUCUAUUCAGUUUAUGUGCAUGAGGUCAAAAGAAACUAUUUACAACCAGGAAUGGUGAAGAGUUUCUUGUGUUUUUACUGCUUUACA